AUGGCAACGUUUUAUACAUUACAACAAAAGUCCUUCCACGUCAACAAGGAGGAAGGUUAUGCGUGGUGCACGCUGUUCUUCGUUGAGGCAGCUAUUGUCAUCGCCCUUAACAUGUUCGCUAUUAUCAUUUUCAGUACUGACCGCCGAGUCCGUAAGCAUAGUACAUAUCUACUCAUCAACCUAUCAGCAGCUGAUGUAAGUGUUGGCGCACUUGUGAUACCAGCAUCUGUCCUCCUUCGUGGAAAUACGUAUGACCUUUGGAAUGUGAAAAUAAAUCCUAUUGGGUUAAUUUCUGCAUAUGGAGUGAACUUGCUGUUUUGUGGUAGCUCGCUCGGAUUUUUGGCCUCAAUAUCCGUAGAGAGACUGCACGCUACGAGAAAUCCAAUGGGGCAUUGGUCCAUGUCUGGAUUGUUUUAUAAAAUUUGGGGCGCAAGCAUUUGGGUCGCGUCGCUUAUCUUUACUUUGUUUACAAUUUUUUUCAUGUAUUAUGAUCUAUUAGGAACAAAAAUUUGGUUCUUCGCGGCGUCAGGUGUCUUCUGUUUGCUUUUGAUUCUGUGUUGUAGCUAUUGCGGAAUCUUUGCAACAAUUCGAUGUGGUGAGCAACCUCGUCAUGAUCACCGCGGACAAGCCAGAAAAGAACGAAAACUUACCAUAACACUCUUCAUUGUCACAUUAGUCUCUCUCUGCGUGUGGACUCCGUAUGUAUUUUUCACUUUCUUGGAGGAACAAAUGACUCGCAUAUUAUCUGACGAAGCCCUAUUGCGCUUAAGAUGCAUUUGUGAGUUGCUGUUCUUUGCCAACUCGUUUGUGAAUCCAAUCUUGUAUACCAUCAGAAUACCAGAGUUUAGGAGAGCGGGUAUUAAACUUAUAACCUGCAUCAAAGACUCUCCAAGUAGACAACAGUCACAAUCGACGUGA